CAAUCUCUCCUUCCCUGUCUGGCUGUACAUUCAACUUUAUAGAUCCUUAUCUUGUCAAUGGUGCAUAUAUUUGUCUAGGAAAUCUCUUCCUUAUGUCUUCACAUGUACUCUGUGCUUUCUUUUUACAAAGUCUUCAUUUUCAUAUACAGGAUUUGACAUCCAAACUCGAUCAUUUUCAUUCACUCAACUUCAUCAUGGCCUUGGCCUCCUCAUCCACUAUAUCCCGCUCUGAAAUCUCCUCAAAACUCCACACCACAACGCACUUCACCACCCCAAUCAUCCGUGGAGAAAGAGAUGCAGCACAGUACUACUGUAACCCUUCUCUAUACCUAAAACCCACAAACAGACCACUGGUCCAAGCAGUUCGUACUUCUUUUAAUUUUCACUCUCCUGUGCCAAACCAGAAUUUGGUGCAGCGGAACUUAUCUUCCAAUCAGAAUGCAAGCUUUUCGUUAAUGCCGUGUGGUGGUACCAAAAUCUCGGCAUCCGGGGAAGGAGGAGACAGAAUUGCACUAGAAACAGUACUCAAGCUUUACAACGCCAUUAAGCAGAGAAAUAUUCGCGAUUUAUCCGAAGUAAUCGCAGAUGAAUGCAGAUGUAUCUGUAACUUCGUCUCUCUUUUUCGUCCUUUCCUUGGGAAGAAGCAAGUAAUGGAGUUCUUUUCUUACCUAAUACGGUCUAUGGAUAAGAACAUAGAAAUUAUAGUACAACCCACUUUGCAUGAUGGAAUGGAUGUUGGUGUCUCAUGGACACUGAAUUGGAGCACGAAUCAUGUGCCUCUGGGAUCUGGUUUCAGCUUCCAUACGUGCCAUGUCUACCAUGGGAAGGUGAUGAUAAGGAACAUUGAGAUGUUUAUGGAACCGCUCCUCCAUAUUGAGCCCCUGAGACUGAAAAUUAUGGCGCGUGUGAUGUUGGUUUUGGAUAAAAUUGGUUCCUUUACUGUAACCAAAGAGAGACAACGGAGAGUAAUUUACUUUUUUCUCACUUUAGUCAUCGUUGUAGCUGUACUGUUCUUGUUGAAGCGAUCUUUCUUUUGAGCCAUAUGUGGUCCACUGUACCACCUGCCUUCUGAUCAGUUUACGUACAUUCAUUCAUUCAAGGAGCUGAGUCACUGUUACAACUAAAAAGAAGGAGGAGACAGUUCACACACACACACACACAUAAAGAUAAAACUAAUCCAUCAAACAAUAACAUGGAAAACCAGACUGUUUAAUUAAAUUGAGGACAAACAACCUCUAAAUAGUACUACAUAAUAAACUAGAUCGCUUCUGUGAUGGUUUUCGAUUGAAAAUUGAAGCGAAAACGCCUCUAAAUUCGACCACACAGGAAUCCAUAGACACUAGAAACCAAGAUGACACUAUCUAA